AUGUCCUUUUCCCGUCUCCUUUCGAUUAUUGCGGUGAUUUUGGUCGGCCCAGCGGGUGUGUUGGUCAAUGCUUUGUCCAGCACCCUCCAGCAGGUGUCGAAUUUCGGCCCCAAUCCCACGGGAGUCCAAAUGUUCUUGUACAGGCCCACCAAGCUCGCAAGCCCACCACCACUUAUAAUCGCAAUGCAUUACUGCACCGGGACAGCUCAGGCAUACUUCCAGGGAACAAGUCUGGCGCAAUUAGCUGAUACUCAUGGGUUUAUUGUGAUUUACCCCGAUGCCCCUGACUCAGGAGGAUGCUGGGAUGUCCAUUCCACCGCGACAUUGACACACGAUGCAGGAGGAGACUCCCUCGCCAUUGCAUCCAUGGUCAGAUACGCGAUUGCCAACUACGGCGUUGAUGCUUCACGUGUCUUUGCAACUGGAACAUCCUCCGGCGCCAUGAUGACCAACGUGCUGAUGGGUGCAUACCCAGAUCUGUUCAAAGCUGGUUCGCUCUUCUCCGGUGUUCCAUAUGGAUGUUUCGCAGGCUCUGGGAUGUGGAACAGUCAGUGUGCCCAAGGCCAGCUCAUCAAAACUGGCCAGCAGUGGGGCGAUCAAGUACGCUCUGGCUACCCCGGAUUCACCGGCACACGUCCCAAGGUCCAGUUCUGGCAUGGAACAGCCGAUACCACUCUUUAUCCUCAAAACUUCCAGGAGGAGAUCAAGCAGUGGACUAACGUCUUUGGUGUUAGCGAGACACCGACUUCCACUCAGACCAACAAUCCUCUCAAUGGAUAUACGCGCACAUCAUAUGGACCGAACGUACAAGCUAUCCUUGCCCAAGGCGUAGGACAUACAGUACCCGAACAAGAGAAUGAUGUUAUGAUUUGGUUCGGAUUGAAUAACCUCACACCAGGCACGACCAAUCCUCCGGCUACAACACCUCCAGCUACGACCCCUCCAGCCACGACCCCUACACAACCUACGUCUACGACCAUACCCAGCAGCCCGGGUGGAACUGCCGAACACUGGGGUCAAUGUGGCGGCCAAGGAUGGACGGGACCCACAGCAUGUGUAUCGCCCUUCACAUGCACUGCUCUCAACGCCUAUUACAGUCAAUGCCUCUGA